AUGCAACUAAACUUCCAGUUGUUGCUUUUAUUUAUAGCACUUGCAUUCAAGGCGAGUGCCGAUGUGUCCAUUUCUGCACCUACUGAAGAUGCCCUGUUCUCAGGAUCCAGUGGAACUGCAUCGGUGAAGCUUUCCUGGGUUGAUGACACUGAUGAUGAUACAGAUGACUACUCUUUGUCCAACGCAAAGACGUACACUAUUUCAUUGUGUUACUAUACCGAAACGUCUUUUACGUGUGUGAAGACCCCCUUAGCAUCUGCUAAGACGUUUUCUUCGCCUUAUUCCUAUACAGCAAGUAUAGAUUCAACUGAUUACUCAGAUGGAACUUAUUUUUUCCAAAUUUAUACUGUUUUUGAUGAUAAAUCAACAACUAUCCAUUACUCCAAUGACUUUAGUUUAACAGACAUGUCAGGAUCUGCUGCGACUAUUACUGCUACUUACACGGGUGAUACGCCAGACGCACAGACUUCUGCUACUGGAGCGGGUGCGGGCACUAUAAAUUCUGCAUCUUUCAGCGUAGCUUAUACGGCGCAAACAGGAAAGACCCGGUAUGCUCCCAUGCAAACGCAACCAGGGUCCACUAUAACUGCUACCACUUGGUCAAGAAGGUACGCAACCAGUGCCGUCACAUACUAUACUUCCCUUUCACCCUCACCUAACGUUCAAUCCACAAUCACUCCUGGUUGGAGUUAUACUGCUGUGUCAGCUGUAAACUGGGCGUCCGUGGCUCCAUAUCCUACUUACUACUAUCCAGCUAGUUCUAGAGUUAGUAGCGCACUGUUGAAGUCUGCUAAGAAGAAGAGAUGGUUAGACUAG